AUGCCACUCUUCAGUGGAAUCGAUCCUUAUGAUGUGACGAUGGAAGGUUGGAGCCAGUAUGUAGAGCAUCUCAGGUUUAAUUUCGUAGCAAACGAAAUUACCAUGGAGGAAAAGCAGAAAGCCAUCCUUUUGAGGGUACAUGAUAGCAAGACAUACAAUCUCAUUCACAGUCUGGUGGCCCCAAACACGACCAAUUCUAAGUCCUUUAAUGAAUUAGUGGACCUCAGGAAAAUGUAUUUCCAGCAGAAGCCAUCCACUUUUUCAGUAGAAUUUGGAGGCUCAGAAAUGAUAGGGCUUAAAAAGCUUUUCAUUCUUAUGUUAACUGUUUCCACUGUAUUUUUGGCAAUAAUCUGGAGAGAUACUUUUGAUUCUGAGUUACUGUCUGGUUCCCAUGUCCUACUGACUGGUGCUAGUAAAGGAAUAGGUGAACAGCUGGCAUAUCACUAGGCCCGGUUCGGUGCUAAACUUGUAAUAAUUGCACGGAAUGAAGCUCGUCUGAAACAAGUUGAGGAGAAAUGUUUGGAACUGGGUGCAAAGGAAGUCUAUUCAUAUGCUGCAGACAUGGCAGUUCCAAGGAAUCCAGAGAUGUUUGUACAGUUUGUGGAGAAGCUGGGCUGUUUGGAUUAUUUAGUUUUGAAUCACAUUGGAUAUGAUCCUUUCCAGAUGUGGAAUAGAAAUGCCGAGGACACCAAUUGGUUGAUGCAAGUAAGCUUUAGAGCUCUGAGUCACCAAAAUACAAUAAAUUGGUUGACAGCUGCUGCUCUUCCCGCUUUAACCAAAAGUAACGGCUCCAUUGUUGUUGUCUUCACUCUGUGUGAUAAGAUUUCCAUUCCUUAUGCAGCUUCGUAUUCAGCUUCAGAGUUUGCUCUGGAUGGAUUCUUUACCUCUCUGCAUCAUGAGCUCACCUUGCAGGGGAGGGAUGUAUCAGUCACACUGUGCAUUCUAGGAAUGAUUGACAUUGAUUCAACCAAAGAGAAAAUCAAAAACAUGGAUCUUGGAGUAGUGGCCACUUAUCCAGCCUCUGAAUCUGCACUGGCCAUCAUCAAAGGAGGGGCUGUGAGAGCACGAGAAAUCUAUUACCCAUGGUGGGCAGCUCUCAUUGUCAACAUCCGAGACUGGUUUCCUGAAAUGGGAGGCAAGGUGAUUCGCAGUUCUUUCCUGGGAUUAAGCACAGAAAACAGAGUCUAA